AUAAACCCUGAAAAUCAAGUAUUUUUCUUUGCUGUGUUUUUUUUUUUUUUUCUCUUUUAUUUCUGCGUGGUUGGUAAUUUAUUGGGGUUCAAAUUUUCUCUGUGUAGCUGAGGAAGAGAAGGAGGCAAGAGAGGAAAGAGAAGAGAAAGAAAAAGGAGAGAAUAGGAGGGAAAGAUUUAAUUUUUUUUAAUUAUUAAUAAGUAUGGGUUGUUUUUGUUGUCCUGGGAAUUCAAGCAAAAGAUCAGAGAAGCCAACAAACAAGAACGACGACAACAAUGAUAACAGCAGCAAGAAAAGCAAACCACAUGGUCAAACACAAGCCAGUUCGGAUGAAUUGAAAGUGCGUACAUAUGAGAGUGUAAAGAAGGAAGAGGUAGCUAAGGAUGACCAGUUAUCGUUGGAUGUAAAGAAUUUGAAUUUGAAUGAUGAGGUUUCCAAGGAUGGAAAAGCUAGCAAACUGGCACAGUCAUUUACAUUUGAUGAACUCGCAGCCGCAACAGGUAACUUUAGGUCAGAUUGUUUCUUGGGUGAAGGAGGUUUCGGAAAAGUUUACAAGGGAUUCUUGGAGAAAACAAACCAGGUUGUCGCUAUCAAGCAACUUGAUCGUAAUGGUCUUCAGGGCAUUAGGGAAUUUGUUGUUGAAGUACUGACAUUAAGCAUGGCUGAGCACCCAAAUCUUGUUAAAUUGAUAGGGUUUUGUGCUGAGGAUGAGCAAAGACUACUGGUUUAUGAGUACAUGCCAUUAGGGUCUUUGGAAAAUCAUUUAUAUGAACUUCCGCCUGGCGGAAAACCUCUUGAUUGGAACACAAGGAUGACAAUAGCAGCUGGUGCAGCAAGGGGCUUAGAAUAUUUGCAUGAAAAAAUGAAGCCCCCUGUCAUAUACCGGGACCUGAAAUGCUCCAAUAUUUUGCUUGGUGAAGGACAUCAUCCGAAACUAUCUGAUUUUGGUUUGGCCAAAGUUGGUCCUAUUGGGGAUAGGACUCAUGUUUCUACAAGGGUUAUGGGCACAUAUGGUUAUUGUGCACCAGAUUAUGCAAUGACUGGACAGCUGACAUUUAAAUCAGAUAUUUACAGCUUUGGGGUUGUCCUCUUGGAGCUAAUUACUGGUAGGAAAGCAAUUGAUGAUACAAGAGAUCGUGCAGAGCAAAAUCUUGUUGCAUGGGCACGUCCCAUGUUCAAAGAUCGAAGAAACUUUUCACGAAUGGUCGAUCCUCUGCUGCAAGGUCAAUAUCCUGUCAAAGGUCUCUACCAAGCUCUUGCCAUUGCUGCAAUGUGUGUUCAGGAGCAGCCUAAUAUGCGGCCUGCUAUAUCUGAUGUGGUUAUGGCUCUGAAUUACCUAGCCUCCCAGAAAUAUGACCCAAGCAAUCCUGUUCACAGCUCUCGGAGGAGCCUGGCAUCAUCAGCCAUGAAUAGGAACGACGAUAAAGGACCAGUUGCAGAAAAUGAGCUUAAGAGUUACUGAGCUGGAGGAUAAAAUUAGAAAUAAAGUGGCAAAUAUUGUUCUGCCGUGUUAAUACACAGUGCCUUGUUAUCAAUUUUUGCAUCACAGAAGAUAACUGGCAUACUUUCCACAUUUAAUCUCCAUAUACAGAGAUUUUCUUUCACCCUUUUCCCUCCUCUGCUGGUAUACACGUGAGUUGGGGUUCUUGCAUGUAAGAUGCUUCUUUGUAGGAACCAUUUUCCCAUAAUAAUAGUUUAGCCCUCCUAUAUACAGGAACAUUUCACUUA